UGUGAUCUGAACCUUGGUGGAGGUGAGCUCGGGUCACAGUGUUAUUUUGAAGGAUCACCGGAUGCAGUGUGUUUACUGUGUGUGUGUGUGCGUGUGAGUGCGCGCGCGUGUGUCUGGGCUCCGGCAGAUGUCAGCGGGUUUUUGCGGCUCUGUCAUCGGAGCUGCUCGGUUCAUCGCUGCCCCCUCAGACGAGCCGGACCUGCUCCGUCUCUCCACGCAUCAAAACAUCCGGAGCAAUGUCGGAUUUCGAGGAAUUUGAGAAGCAGCUGAGCCAGAAUCGACAAGAGCGAGAAAGAGAAAGACACAAAAAGAAGAGUCGCAGUGGAUCUCCGGUCCGAGGCGACAAACACGGCAGCUGGAGCAAAGACAGAGGGAUCAAGGACAGAGGGAGCAAAGACAGAGGGAGCAAAGACAGAGGGAGCAAAGACAGAGGGAGCCGCAGCCGAGAGAAACGAAGCCGGAGCAGGGACAGGAAGAGCCGGGACCGAAGGAGCUCGUCCCGGGACCACAAGAAGCACAGUCACUCUCCAAGGCGAACAAGGAAGAAAAAGACCUGCAAAUACUGGGACGUGCCUCCUCCUGGCUUUGAACACAUCACACCAAUGCAAUAUAAAGCUAUGCAAGCGGCCGGGCAGAUACCGACAAUUGCUCUGCUGGCAACAUCCACCACCACUGGAGUGGCUGCAGCACCGACACAAGUGCCCCUAGUUGGGAGUCAGAUGACAAGACAAGCCAGACGCCUCUAUGUUGGAAAUAUUCCCUUUGGGGUGACUGAGGAGUCCAUGGCCGAGUUCUUUAAUGCUCAGAUGCGACUCGCAGGCCUUUCACAAGCUCCAAGUAACCCUGUACUCGCUGUGCAGAUUAAUCAGGAUAAAAACUUUGCUUUCCUUGAGUUCCGGUCGGUAGACGAGACGACGCAGGCCAUGGCCUUCGAUGGAAUCAUUUUCCAGGGUCAGUCUCUGAAGAUUAGACGACCUCACGACUAUCGACCUUUACCAGGUAUCUCAGAGCAGCCAGCGUUCCAUGUCCCAGGUGUCGUCUCCACUGUCGUUCCUGAUUCCCCCCAUAAACUGUUUAUUGGAGGCCUGCCCAACUAUCUAAACGACGACCAGGUGAAGGAGCUCUUGACUUCAUUCGGGCCCCUCAAAGCGUUCAAUCUCGUGAAGGACAGUGCCACGUCACUGUCAAAAGGUUACGCCUUUUGUGAAUAUGUCGACAUCAGCGCCACUGAUCAGGCCGUCGCCGGGCUCAAUGGAAUGCAGCUGGGAGACAAAAAGCUGAUCGUCCAAAGGGCGAGUGUCGGAGCUAAAAACGCCAACCCUACCUCCAUCAUAGAGACCCCAGUGACCCUGCAGGUGCCGGGGCUCCAGAGGCUGCAGAACUCUGGGUUGCCCACGGAGGUGCUGUGCCUUCUCAACAUGGUGAUGCCCGAGGAGCUGGUGGACGACGAAGACUACGAGGAGAUCCUGGAAGACAUCCGCGAGGAGUGCUGCAAGUACGGCAGCGUCCACUCCAUCGAGAUUCCCCGACCUGUCGACGGUGUGGAAGUCCCCGGCUGUGGAAAGGUCAGACCUGUAUCUUUGUGGAGUACGUCUCUGCUGCAGACUGUCAGAAAGCCAUGCAAGCCCUCACCGGCCGCAAGUUUGCCAACAGAGUGGUUGUCACCAAAUACUACGACCCUGACAUGUAUCACAAACACGAGUUUUAAAGCACAGGCAAGUCUGACCGAGCAUAUCCAUCCUCCUUUCGUAAAUUUCGGUUCCUUUACUCUGAAUGAUGUGAAUGUGUCCAUAGAGACUGGACCUUGAAAAUACAUUUUAUUACAUCUUCUACUCAACAAACUGCAGUUUGUUUCUUCAGUCCUGAAUAUUUAACUUCCAGCUUUAGCCUAAUACCCCUGCAGUGAACUGAACUCAUCCUGAAUUCAAAAAAAUCUAAUCGUCUACGUUACAUUUGCAGUAGAAUGAAUGUGACAUGUAUGACAUGUAAACCUGAACUAAUACUGCCUGACGAUGCCAGAGUCGCUGUCUAUCAAGUAUGCACUAUAUGAGAAGAAAAAAAUUCCCUCCUGAGCACAAACAUUUAUUUCUCUUUUAGAGCCAGACUUGAGAAGUCAUCCUAAUGUUAAUUGUGAGGUUAUGAUAAUUUUCUUUUAUUCAUUUUGUAAAAUGCAUUAUUUUCCUCUUUACAUGAUAUAUUAAUGCUCCUUAAACAUAUAUGUUGCUGUUACCUGUGCUCACAUACUUACAUAGACCAAAUGUCGACUUGUCCAAAGUGAGAAGAAACAGCCUCAAAGGUCAUUUUGUAAAUACAAAACAUUAAAAUCUAAACAUAAUAAAUAAUAUAUAUAACUUUGCACACUGGAAGCUAUUUCAGUUAGAAAACUACACUAAUAAAAUAUGAAUCGUAAUAUUUGAAAAGACUUUAUCUAACACUGUUGACUGUUUUUAAACCCCUCCCCCAAACAGUGAUUGUCCAAUCACAACUUAUCUACCAUAACAACAAGCGAAGGCUAUAUAAAUGCUAAGUACAUGUUUUAUUCUAACUCACUACAGUCAUUUGUGCUGUAGCUUUUAUGUCACAAAGAAUCACAAUUAGCUGUUUUGUUUUAACCCACUGUAUGGUAACUGGUCCUGGGUGCUUAACUAAUCACAGUGGGUAGUCGUUUUUCAACCAAUUCAUGAGGCAGUGUUGAUGUUAGCUUAACUAGUUUGCUAGCUGCUGCUGAAAAAAAUCUGACAGUCACAGUUUCAACCAAAAGAAACUGGCUGAAUAAUUAUUAGCUGCUUUUGUCCACGUCUGUCUUAAAUCAAUGAGCCUCUGCAAGCAGAGUAUUUAAACUGUGAAUCUGCCACAUUAUCAUAGUAUCUAAGGAGGGCGGUGCUUCAUGUGAGACCGAAAAGUUGAACUCUCACAGAAAAAGUAAGGGGGUGGGGGUUAAAAAGAGUUGAUAGUGUCUCUUGAACCAGCAAUAGUCAGUUUGUUGUCAAACUGAGAUAACAAAUUUGUCUUCAUGGCCUCAUUUCAACAAUACAAUAUAUAUGCAUUUUGUAAUGCACCUUUAAGUUUUGUAGAUAGCAUAGUAAAUACAUUUUUAAGCUUUAGUCUUUAUGUGCGGUUUUGCACCUGUUGAAGAAAAUAGAUUAAAUUAAAGCAUAAUUUAUUAUGAAAUAUUAGUCUGCUUAAUAAAAUACACUAUCCAUACAAAUACAUGAUGACUUGGUUUACAGCAACCUAUCUGCUCUGUUUUAAAGUAAACUAUGUUUUCAUGUAAUUAACAGAUCAUAUCAAAAUAUAAUAAAAACUACCGUAUUUUAUACAUUUUUGGAUGACCAGAAAUUUUAAAUCCUUUUUGUUUGUACGAUCCCUGCCACUGCCACUGCCUUGAAUAAAUGUGUGCAUCCAC